CGGAAAAUCAUUCCCAUGUUCUUUUCUCAUCUCUUCCGUCCAGCCACUACUCUGAAAAUCAGACGCGCCCCUCUCCUAGAGUCAGACGCAGCAGCAGCACUUUCCACGACGCCAUGGAACCUCUUAUACUACACCCACUCUCUUAUCCUGCGCCUAUGCGCCUCCCCCCACUCCCUCAACCAAGCAAAGCAAGCCCAUGCCUUGGCCAUCAUCCACGGCCUCCUCCCACACAACGCUCAAACAUGCGCCGCCCUGAUGCUAUCCUAUGCCUCCUUAUCUGACACCCCCACGUCUCGGCUCCUCUUCCAACAGACCCCUUCCGUCAAACACCGGAACGCCUUCCUUUGUAAUACCCUCAUCAGAUCAUGCAACUGCGCUGGGGAUUACGCUGAGGCCUUUGCGGUGUAUAACCAGAUGGUCCGUGAUGGUGCGGUGCGGCCCGACGAUCAUACUUUCCCGUUCGUUCUCAAGGCCUGCGCAGACGUGUCGGCGAUCUGGAAGGGGAAGGAGAUUCAUGGGUCGGUUCUGAAAUUGGGUUUCGACAGGGAUGUGUUCGUUGGUAACACCCUUUUGGCUUUUUAUGGAUCGUUGAUGGUUUUAUCUGAUGCCCGCCGGGUGUUUGACGAAAUGCCUGAACGAGAUGUCGUGUCUUGGAAUUCGAUAAUUGGGGUGCUUUCGGUUAAUGGGUGUUUGUCAGAGGCGGUUGAUAUGUUUAUUGAGUUGAAAUCAAUGUCUGGGUUUAAGCCUAAUUCUGUUAGUGUUGUUAGUGUUUUGCCUGUUUGUGCGGCAUGCGGAGAUGAGGUGAUGGCUGAGCAGAUUCAUGGGUAUGUGGUGAAGGCUGGUUUGGAUUGUAAAUUGACUGUCUGUAAUGCACUUGUCGAUGUUUAUGGAAAAUGUGGGAAUUUAGAGGCUUCGGAACGAAUGUUCGAUGUAAUGCCUGAGAGAAAUGUAGUUUCUUGGAAUGCAAUUAUUGGGAAUUUAGUUCAUUUUGCUCAGUUCAAUAUUGCUUUGGAUAUGUUUAGAGAGAUGGUAGCUGCGGAGGAGAAGCCAAAUUCUUUUACAAUUUCCAGUCUGCUACCAGCAUUGGUGGAUUUCGAAUUUUUCAACGUGGGGAAGGAAAUUCAUGCAUAUAGUGUUAAGAUCGGUGCAGAAUCUGAUGUUUUCGUUGCCAACACACUUAUUGAUAUGUAUGCAAAAUCAGGUUGUUUGAGGGAGGCAACAGAUGUCUUCUAUGGAAUGGAAGUAAGGAAUGUCGUCUCUUGGAAUGCACUCAUUGCCAAUUUCACACAGAAUGGUUACGAAUUAGAAGCUAUUAGAUUUGUUGGCGAAAUGCAACUUCAUGGGGAAUGCCCAAAUUCGGUUACAUUUACAAAUGUUCUCCCGGCCUGUGCACGGAUAGCUUCUCUUCGAAGAGGCAAGGAAAUUCAUGCUCGGUCGAUCCGCAUUGGGUCCUGUCUUGAUGUGUUUGUCAUGAAUGCUUUAACUGACAUGUAUGCGAAAUGUGGAUGCUUGAACCUUGCAAGGAACAUUUUUGAGGUCUCAGUGAGGGAUCAAGUGUCCUACAACAUACUGAUCAUGGGUUACUCCCAGACUCCAAAUUGUGUGGAGUCUCUACAUCUGUUCGCUGAAAUGAGGCGUGCAGGUCUGAAGUACGACACUGUUUCCUUUAUGUGUGUUCUCUCAGCUUGUGCAACUUUAAGCGCAAUCAAGCAAGGCAAGGAAAUCCAUGGCUUGUUGGUACGAAAGCUUCUCCACUCACAUCUUUUCAUUGCCAAUUCACUUUUGGAUUUAUACACCAAAUGCGGGCGCAUUGAUCUCGCAAGGAAGAUAUUCGAUCGGAUGUUGGACAAGGACGUUGCUUCCUGGAAUACUAUGAUUUUGGGAUGUGGAAUGCAAGGCGAACCGGAAGUAGCAGCAGAUCUUUUUGACGCAAUGAAUGACGAAGGCGUGGAGUACGAUAGCGUUUCUUACAUUGCAGUUAUAUCGGCUUGUAGCCAUGGUGGGCUUGUGGAAAGAGGGAGAAAAUACUUUGAUCAGCUGUGUGGUGGAAAUAUUAGGCCAACACAGAUGCACUAUGCAUGCAUGGUUGAUCUUCUUGGGCGGGCCGGUCUUAUGAAAGAGGCAGCCGAGUUCAUCAGAGACAUGCCGGUCGAGCCAGAUGCCAAUGUUUGGGGGGCAUUGCUUGGGGCAUGCCGUGUGUAUGGGAACAUAGAGUUGGGUAGGUGGGCUGCAGAGCAUCUGUUUGUGCUGAAACCAGAGCACUCUGGUUACUACAUGCUGCUAUCGGACAUCUAUGCCAAAGCAGGGCGGUGGGAGGAUGCAAAUGGGGUGAGGGAGCUGAUGAAAUCAAGAGGGGUGAAGAAGAACCCGGGGUGCAGCUGGGUCAAGGUUGGCGACAGGAUGCAGGUUUUUGUAGCAGGAGAGAAGCGGGAAGCAGGGAUGUGUGAUGCUGAGUGUGGCUGAGAAAGGCUGAAUGGAUAGAGGAUGCAUUGCCCAUUUGGAAUUACUGAAGACAUGGUGUGGACACACUAU